UCUUUUUUUAUAUAUUGAACUGAUUAUAUAGCUUUAUUCGAAACCAACGAUCCCGUACCAUGGAAUUGGUUAGAAACAGGAAAUAAUUACACAUUAAAGUGUCCUGAAAACAAAUGGGAAGAUCCACCCUAUCGUACUAAAGCUAUAUUUCGUUGGGAUAGAAAAAUAAAUCGAACAAGCCGCCUUUCUGAUCGUACUUUAUGUAUGUCGGCUCAUCAAGGUGAAAAAAAUUCAAUGACCGGUGAAGCAAUAUAUCGACAUUAUGAUGUUCAUAGGUAA